AUGACAUCCGAUUCUAGACUUCAAGCCAGUGUAUUCAUGAACGGCAGGGGCCGAAUCGCAGAUCCGCACGACGACAUGCCAGGUUAUUGCUGGGUUACAGCGCAUUUGCCCGAGAGUAUGUCGUGUGAUGAGCAAAGUGACGAGGAGAUCAUGAACCUUGUAUUAUGCAAGAUACAAAUGGGGAAUGUAAUCAUUGGUGAUUGCGCCCUGCAUAGCUUGGGGUUCCAUUGCCUUUCAUUGCCGGUGCAAGGUAUCUCCGGGGAAGACGGCGAAGUGUUGGCUGACGCCGAAACUCUUGUGGAAUGGUGGCUCAAGAAAAUCCGCUUGGGUAAAGCCUGUCUUGACCAGCACAGUAUUUUUGAGGCCACCACACGCCCCCUCGAGCACACUAACAGCCUAGAGGAUGUACCUCAUGGGUGGAACCAAUCUCGAUAA